GUGACGCUGGUGUUAGGUGGGACUUUAUUGGAGCAACAAUGACGUCUGUAGAAACGCGGGACCCUUGAUACACACACAUACACACACCGCAGCGAAGUUAGGCAAAAGACGUACUGUACAAGGAUCCUCCGAUGCUCAAACCGGGUACUUGGAUCUUGCUUUUUGUACGGACCGGACGAGCUUAUCUGUAUCAUCCCCCUUCCACGUGCGAGUCUAGGAGUCGAAUAAUCGGAUGUCGCGGAGCUCUAACAAUUUUCUUCUCCACCACCACUUCCACCACCCACCAUCUGCGUGGAAUUUCGUCAUCGUCAGAUGUCAAGCUUCAGUCUUAUGAAUCUGUAUCUAGCUAUACACAGAUUUGUGCACCACAGGAUCCACUCCAUAACAACAACCUCAAUUCAUACAUGUGACGUCACCUCUUAGUACCUUCCCACGCGCAUCUCUCCCG